UUCCUGUUUGCUUCUAUUAUUUUUUUCCCGCUUCUACCUCCAGCUCUUCUUUCCAAUGCGCUAGCCAGCCUUGGUUCUCCUGCUACUUCUUGUGUUAUUCCGCCCUGCUCCUCUUCAUCUUCUGUUGCCAUCUCAUCUCCCGACCCUGCUAUCACCACUGCAUCGUCAAAGGUAGCAGAUGGCUAUUUCAGCUUGGCUUCUCUUCCCUCAUCGACUGACAAGACAAAUACGCCUAGUAGCCGAAUAUCCGAGCUUCCGGCCUACGGGCUUUUAGGUUUCCAGGUUCCGCGACUCGCCGUUCAGCUGCUGGCUGCCCCAAUGGCUGGAAUUUCAGCUGCCGUCAUAAUCAACCCAAUAGAUUGUAUUCGCGUGCGAAUGCAGGCAAAAGGCUGGUCGAAGGGCUUCGUAGAUUGGCCUCACCGGAUAUCGCAGGAGGGUUGCCUUGGACUUUUGUCUGUUGAGUUAUGCGAAGAAAACCUCGACUUACCGUCCUACUACUCUGGUGACUCCGUGCUGAGCUUCCGUCGGUCAUGCGACGGACAUCGUCCUAGCCAGAAACCAUUAUUCACCAAAAACACUAAACCGAGAAAGGUGGCCAGCUGA